AUCGCUGUUUUGCAAAAAGCCAUCUGGACUAUGAGCCUGUCACAGAACAAUUAUUCGUAGUUGAAUCACAUUCCAUAUCAGACAUCGACUCAGGCAUCAGAAAAACUUGGACAUGUGAUAUCAUCGAUGAAGCCAAGCGUGUUGGUUCCCAGGCAUUACUGCUUCCAGGCUGAUAGUACCGUUUUGUUCGCUCUAACAGAUUCGUUUGCGGCCUCUAACUUGUUAACCAUGCUCAGCCUCAGCGCUCAUGCCUGAUCUUACAAUGCUAUACAGUGGUACUCCUGAGAAGGUGUCAGGCCAGGCCUUCGGUAUAUAUAUGCAUAUAAGGUACAGCUCUAAUGAAUUGAAGAACCCCCAUACCCCCUUGGCAUAUUUAUCGCUAGACGUGGCAAAUCAAGUUGAAGUUGCCAGGUAUCUUUACGCCGUCACUCUUGGUGCAUAUGUGUGGGACAUUGCAACCAACUUGGAUAACGACUAUAAACUCCUUGUCCACCACCGGGUUGGUUUUCCCACUAUUGCUUAUUGGUUAUCAAGAGUUUUCACCCUGAGCUGGAUCCUUACUAUGCUUAUUUUCCAAGCUGAUUUCAUACCAAACUGCCAGGCACUGCAGAUUGCUAUGGGUGUAUGCCUUGUUCUAGCACAAUCAGCGACAUCCUUGCUUUUUCUUCUACGGGCUCUGGCAAUAUGGCGUGGGAGUCACCGAACUUGUGCUAUGUUCAUCGUUUUAUGGGUGGCUGUCGUUGGGUCGUCACUGUCAGUGCCCAUAGGCACUGUUCCUGGAAAUAUAGGUCCAACACAACAAUGUAUUGUCCUCAAAGUUUACGGAUAUGCUGAGCUAUUUUCAGCGGUAGCGAUGCUGAAUGAUAGUGUGAUACUUUUUGCCAUAUCAUAUCGCAUCCUCACGCGCUGCACAUUAGAAAAAUCAUUUAAAUCCCAGAUAGGGGCCUUCCUUGGUCAAGGCUCCAUCCCGAAACUCUCUCGUGCUCUUCUGCAAGGCGGUCUACAAUAUUACCUCAUAGCGGUUUUGGGGAAUAUCCUACUCCUGGUACUUUUAGGGAUAUCUAGCGUCCCUGUUGUUUAUCACGGGAUGUGUACAGUGCCUGUCAUGGCCCUUAUCAACGCCAUGGGAUGCAUAGUCUUCAGAAAGAUUAAGUUCGGUUUAAUCAGUUCUGAUGGAACAGUAUACACGCGAUCAAGAUUGCACACUUGCAGAGAACCACAUGGAAACCAUUUGACCCUGCACAUUUGCAGGAGCCGCUGUGGGGAUGGCGAUAGGCGUUAUCCAGAGCUUCCGAAUCAUAUACAGCAGUUCGUGGCAUCUCACACGAUGGAAACAGAUACAGAGGCAACGCGGGUGAUUGAAGAUUCUACGGGAAGGACAUGUCCCAAUCCAUCCAAUAUGUCCACAAUUUCUGAUGCUACUCUUGACAUAAUGGAUAAAUAAUUAGAUACCGUUAUCACCGCACUUUCGAUAAAAUAUUCACUUCAUGUUAUUCUAUCAAAA